CGCGAUGCAUCUAGUGCUGUGCCGGCUCAAGGGCAAAACGCAGGGACAACUGCGGCUCUCGCAGCUUCGGCGAAAGCGGGCGGGGAAAUAAACGUACGACAACCGUUGGUGCUCGCUCUGGACACGCAGGGUGCGGAAUUCCGUCUGCUGCAAAACUUUUUUGGGAGCAGUCGCGGACAAGAGCGCGCUGUAGCAAAGCCUUGCCUCUUGUCUCUUCCGGCGUGGGUGACGCUUGACGCGAACCUCGGGAGACUCCUCGCACAACAGGGAAAGUAUUCGAAGGUGGAAAAACUUUCGAAGGCCGAUAAUGUCAAAGCCAUUGCGGAGAAGGUCGCAGCCAGUCUGGGGAUCAUCGGUGGUCUCUGGUUUCAGCGCCGAGGAAGCGCCGCCUGUUCGAAUGACCCACGAGUGAAAGCGUUGGUGGCGAGAAUCCAGGGCCUAGCGCGGCGGGUUGUCGCUGGAAAUUCUGACGAGGAAAGCAAAAGUACGAGAAAUCUCGACCGGUACAAUCUGCAAACGCAAUAUGCACAAGCGGAACGUCGGUUCCUUUUGUCGACCGUUUGCGGGCUCCCCGCCGCAAAGCAUGUCUUUCACUCCCAAUUCCUAGAAGACAUUAUCGUGUACCUCCACUAUUUCUGCCAGCGAAUGAUCCCACCAGCGGCUCCCGCGUUGCGCGACCUGGAAAGGAGAAAUCUUCCGGCGAAUGCAGCAAGUGGUGCUCACCCUCAUGACGAAAGCAAGGCGCCACCUCGAAAGUUGGCAGAAGAGCCACAGCCACCACCUACGCCCGGCAUAGUCUCUGCGGCGACUCAGGAGCAAGUGCCUUGGAGCAACGCGUUCCUUGAGGUGGGCGGUUUUACGGGUAUCGAGUUUUCGAAUUCCUACUUUUUCGAGAAAGCGUUAAAUUGGCGUGGUCUGCUGAUUGAAGCAUUUCCAGCAAACUGCAAGCAACUGAGGACCAAUCGAGGGUCAUUCCCCCCGGACACACCAGUGAGCGAACGCAACGGCAGUAUGCUGCAGGAAAAUCAAGAACACCCGCUCUUGAUGCUGUCCAAGUCCUUCAAAUUGAUGCGGCUCCGCAAAAGACACAAACUAAUUGUAAAUACAUAAGAUAAUGUGUCCUCAUCUACUGCAUGUCGUCUGGCGAAAUGUUAUAUGCGAGAGGUGUGCGCGAUUUGUUUUCGCAGUAUAAGCUUUGAGUGCAAGGCGCUCUGUUCCGAGGCGGAAUAUUUUCGAAGGAACGGCACGGUGUCUUUCGCAUCCGGGGCGGAGGUACCUUCAGGUGGUGACGCGGCUCUCCCUGGCGUGAGCGGCACGGGCGGUCUCGUGUCCGCUAUGUCGGAAGAGCACAAAAAGCAGUGGAUUAAGGGCGAGGUCCAGGUACCCUGCCGCCCGAUCAGCUGGAUUCUGGGCGAGCAUCUAGCGCGCUUCGGUGGCGCCCUGCCCGUUUUUUUUCUGGACGUGGAGGGAGGGGAGCUCGAUGUCUUGCAAUCCCUGGAGCCUUUUCUGAAAAAGCACGACCCCUUGCUGUCCAUUGCAUCUUCAACGCCCAGGACGAUAGGCGCGCCUUCUCCGGCUUCCAAGAAGGCACCAGAAAGGAGCGCAGCGUUGAGCUCUGGAGAAGCACCGGGGCGUCGAGCACUUUCUGAUGACUUACAACAGGAGCCAAAGAUGGAGUUGAUCGUAACACAGCAGGCGCAGCAGACCGGUACUGUUCAGAAGAGUGGGACGAGGUCUAGCAAUUAUUCUACGUCAGCGUACCACGGUACUUUGCUUUCUACUUUUUCGCGGCGAUGGGGGCCAUUUUUUAGUACGAGGAGAAAUAAGCGACGGCAGACGACAUUAGCGCAGCCUGGCGAUAAUAUUACUGCCGAAAAAGCGCAAGCGACGCUGUCCGUUUGUCUGUUUGUGAUAGAGUUCUCGGAUCUUCGCUCGGUGUCGCCCACGAGACUAGAGCAAGAGAGGCAGAUGCGAGCCACUUUGCGACGGUGGGGGUAUCGCCGGCCACAACGCUGGAAGCCCGACCUGGAGUGCAUGCGCUUUGGACUCAAGGAGUUUUGCUCCAUCAAAAACGAAUUUUGGGAGCACCCGCGACUCGCAGAGUGUUUCAGGACAAAUCUUGCUGGCGGAGGUGGAGCGAGGCAAAACAUAAGCGAAGCCCAUGCGCGGUUCAUCGAGGGUCCACACCGAAUUCAAGAGUCCUGGAGCUUGUCGCAUGCUUCGGCUUAGAGUGUGGAUUAAGGUAACGUGUUUUUCAGUCACGAGGCAUCAGGAAUGUUGAUGUGUGGUCGAUUUUAGAUGCUGCAGCGUUGUCGUAGUGCGUUCUACCGUUGCACCGCGCACUGACUCAUAGAACGACUCUACGUCAUCUUUCCCAGCAGAAGGAGCUCAACCAGAUGGAAUGCUUUUGCAAUGGGAGAAAAUAAUUUGUUGCACGACACACGAGGAGCCCUGCUGCUCCUGCUGCUCAGAGAUUCAACGCGAAGGCAAUGCACGCAAGAAACUGCAUCAGAGAACCUAUGCGGCGCGGAUAAUUGACCCAUAGGACACAGCUGUUGACAGAUGAUUGACCCAUAUAUCAACAGCGGACAACUACGUAUGUGCUCUAUUGUUUUCGUUUUUGGCAGCUCCUAAAGUGUCACGCUUUUGUGCGUGCGUGCUCGUGGAAGGUUUCUUUGCGAUCAAUUGUGGCGAAAAAAGAUCUUUCACUUAUCUUCCGACAGCAGG